AUACUAAGAAGUGGACUUGAAAAUGCUUUUAUUCACCAUGUCAAAUGUCAACACACAAAAUUUUGUCUUAUUUUCCAAUUCUAAAUUAGUUAUAAGACCUUACCUGAUCAUCUCCUCAGACAGUAUGAACAAAAAAGAUCAGACACUCCUCUGCAAAACUCGAGAACUCCAGAUGCCAAAGUUGAGUAUCUCACCUGCAACAUCAGAAACAUGGGGUUUCAAGCUCCACCUCAUAGUAUGUGAUCUAGAAGGUUUGUCAAUACCAAAUAAGGAAAAUUACACCAUCAAAGUACAGAUAGAAUGGCCAGUUCCUAGAAAGAAAUAUCCAUCCAAAAGAACUAUCGAAAGAAAUCAUACGUCCAAUCAGUGCAUAAAUUCCAAUGGAUGCAUCUGUUGGAACGAAGGUUUUAAUCAUGAGUGCAAGUUGAGAAUGAAGAACUCCAAGACUUUCAGCAGCCAGAUGAUCAACCUCGAGAUUCAUGGCUUAGGUUUGGAAUCAGACAACAGAGCAUCAGUUUUGGCCAAAUUUAGAAUGGAUAUCACCAAAUAUGCUGGUCCAACAGAGACUUCAGAGAAAAUUAUCAAAUUUCCAGUCAAGUGCAGCAUUGGAAGCUCCACUCUUGUGACCAGACUAACGGUAAGUCGAUAUUAAAUUUUUCAUAGCAUUACCAAAUCCUGCUGCCA